UAACAAUAACGAAAAAAAACGACGACAGUUUUUGACAUUGGCCCAUUUCCGAGUAAAUAUAUCUUCGUUAUUCAAUUUUUCAUUUUCGCUUUCGUUAUAGUAAACAAUUUGAUCGCCUACGCUUUUUUCUCUCUUUCGUAUGAUUUGAUCCUGGAUAACCAAAAUAAAAAAAGAAUGAGAUUUCAAAUUUGAAAUUCACAAGUCUGAGUCAUUUUUUAUCAAAAUUUCUUUGAAUGUUGUGACAUACGUUUAAUGUAUGUACGAGUGUGUGUGAAACAUAAAAGAGAUGACAAUCAUCAUUGAUCAUCGCUGUUCAUUAUUGAUCUUGACAUUGAUUGUUUCACUUGCCAUUUUUGGAAGUUUUUCCAUCGAUGAAACAGAAUUUGAUGUUCAACCAAAUUUUAAUCUUGAUCCACCCAAAGUGGCUGGCAUGGAUGGAAUAAUGCCGGAAAAUGUUGGGAAACCAGCAUCAUUGUUGUUGAAUCAUCAUCAGACACAACCAUCCACAGCACCACAACCACAGAAUGAAGUUCGUGAUAUUAGUGGUUGGGGCAUGAUCGGCAAGAUUCAUCCAAAAAUAUUGAUCAAAGAUCAGAUGAUAAAAGCAUAUCAUAAUCGACCAUUGGAUCCAAGAUACAUGCAUCUACAAGGAUAUGGACAAAUUCAAGAUCCUGGACAUCCUACAGCCGUUAAAAAUCCAACCAAUAAUGGAAUGAAUAAAUUAUUCAAUUUCUAAGCCAACGAAAAAAUUGUCAAAAAUGUAGCUCACGUCGCCAUCUAGUGAAUCGAAAAA